GUUUUUAAGAAAUCAUUCAUGAUUCAUGCGUGGAAGUAAGUGAGCAAUAGGCCGUAAGAGAGGCGAUACUAGCGAGUGACAAAGACAGCAGUAGCAUAAACUAUGUUGGGAAAAAACUACCUUAAAUAUUUAAUUUAAUGUUUGUUUUCAAAAGGUUUAUAUUUCACGUUAUCAAUCGCAGACAAGUGAGAAUUCGAUGUUGAUUUCCGGGAAAUGACCUCAGUCACCUCAUAAUUUUACGAGUGCCACAGUAUCAGUGCAACGUGCUUGAUAGUUUUUUUUUUCUUCUUUACUCCUCAGAUGUUAAAUCAAGUUACUCAGUACAUGAAGGCGCUGUAUCAUCAACAAAAAAUAAUCAUUCAAUUAAAUGGAAAAUGGCUAACAAGAGAAUCGACCGUGAAACUGGAGAAUUAGCCGACGAAAAUUAUGAGGAACGGCUGACGUGCAAUUAUCAUAAUGUGAGUAACGAAACUGGUGAACCUGAGAUUAAUGAUGUGGGUGAAUUCGACAGACGCCUACCAUUUAAAAUACCGAGAGAGAUAAGAGAAGAAUUAUUGUCAAAGCAAGAGAAAAAUUUAAGUGAUAGGAGACUUAAAGAUUUACUACCGCUGUGCGAAGACACAGCUUUUGGAGAAAUUAAUCCAGUAUUUUUGUUUUUACCCGCUGUUAUUUACUUCAAGUGGUUCGCGAUAUCAUUGAUGAUUUUUGAAUUCAUUUUUCACGGUUGGUCGCAUCAUAAAAAUAAAACCCUCAAAGAUGUUUAUUAUCGCUCGCCUUUUCAUGGAAUCACAUCGGAGUACUGCGCACUCUGUCAAUUUGAGACUUGUAUGAUUCGUGUGGGCAAGAUGCAACAGAUUCGUAUGCACAAAUUUUUACAUGGCUGUAAUUAUAUGAAACGCGCGGUGACUUAGGUCUAUCAGCUAAAGUUUUUACUUUAAUGUUAUUUUUUUUUAAUAUAAUCUUUUUAUUUUUAAAGUGA